UAGAUGGGGGUGCCCCCUGCAAAUAAAUAGUGAUAAAGGCUCAGCCUUUACAGCCAAAAUCACACAGGCCUUAGUAAAAGCUCUGCAGGUGGAGUGGAAGUUUCACAUCCCGUACCACCUGCAGAGUUCAGGGGUCGUAGGAAGAAUGAAUAGGACCCUCAAAGACAAACUAAGGAAGGCCACAGGAGGUACCUUCCACAAGUGGAAGCAGGUCCUUCCCAUUGUCCUAGCAGAAAUCAGAAUGACCCCACAGAAAACUCUAGGAUACUCACCCUUUGAACCCUUUGAAAUACUAAUGGGUAGACCCUUCCCCACACCCUGGGCUAAGAAACCGUUGAUGAUACAGGAAGGAGAUCUAGAAUUUAUAAGAGAAGAGUAUGUCAGGUCCCUGAUAACAAAACUGAAUGAAAUUGAACAUGAGGUUGUUUGUAAAAACCCUUUGAAUCCACAGGAACCUACACACCCCUUUAAAGUCAGAGACAGAGUCGUGGUGAAGGUGCUCCCCAGGAACAAGAGCCCAGGAGACUUCACCUAUGGUCCAGAGACAGAGGUCGUAGCAGUUACCCGAACAGCAGUCCUGACAGAGGAAAGUCCUACCUGGAUCCAUGCAUCCCGAGUAAAAAAGGUUCCUAGACCAGACCUAGAGAGGGAAGCAAGUGAUUCCAGUGAGAUACAGAGGCAGAGAGGAACGCGUUAAGGGAACAGGUGUACCCCAAGCUGAGAGAAUUCUGCAGAGAGAAAUAUGGCAUGGAGUUCCAGGCUAUAGACUUGUACUGGGGCAUACCGGCAGAGGAAUGGGAUAGCCCUGAGCUGCAAAGGACUCGUAUGAGGCUGUUGGAGGAGUGUCUGAAGACAUCAGCUGGGCCAUGCUUUGUGGGUCUGUUAGGAGAAAAAUAUGGAACCAUCAGAAUCCCCGGGGAAGUUGAAUCAUCUGAAUUUGAAAUGAUUUUGGAUGCUGCAAUUGAGGCCAAGCUGGAAACGAGAACGCUGGAAGAAUGGUAUUGCAGGGAUGAGAAUGCCGUGCCACCGGCAUAUUACCUCAAACCAAAGGCGGAAAUGCUGAAGAAUCACAACAAUCCUGGGAAUUCUCCCACAAGUUGUUCCAAUGAGAGGAAGUGGCGUGCAGUAGCAGAAGAGAUCAAGAACAUCUUUAACACUGCAGUGAAGCUGCUUGAUGAGAAAGGGAAGCUGAAGUCCAGCCAAGCAAAGAGAUACUUAUCAUCUGCAUUGGAAGAUGAGUUUGAUUUUGCGUUAGGAAAGCAGACAGCAGCAUUUCUAAAGAAGUGUGUUUGCUAUAUUCGAAAAAUAUCCAAUAUCGAAAAGCAUGUGAAAAUCCCAGAGAUGUCUAAGUACACAGAUGUGAUUAAAGUGGAAGGCAAGAAUGUUCGAGACCAAGAGGCCAUGGAGAAAUUGAUUAAACUCAGGGAUGAAUUUAUUCCAACUAUUGUUGCAUCAUCCAACCUGCGAGUUUACACCUCGGUGACACAUUGCGACAUGAAGCUGGGCUACUCACAAGAAGUGGAGAACCAUUACGUGGAAGGACUCGGAAAGCAGUUUUAUGAAGAUAUGACUGACAUAAUCCAGGCGACGGUGCAACAGAAUUUUGAAACUGAGACCGACUCGCUCUAUGAUGAAAUCUUGCAGCACUUGUCUCUAUGUAGAACGUAUUCGACCUUCUAUGAAUACAGAUGUGAAUCACUGAGCCUAGUUAACAAAUACAUACAGCCUUGUAAAUCGGGGCACAUUAACCCUCUGAUCGUAUAUGGAGGACCUUGCACUGGAAAAACACUUCUGUUAGCAGAAGUAGCAAAAAAGGCCUGUUCGUGGCUUCAGGAAGAAAUGGGACCAGAUUCUGACCCUGUAGUCAUCGUAAGAUUUCUAGGAUCCACUGAAAUGAGCUCUGAAUUAAACAGCCUUCUGCAAAGUUUAUGUGAGCAACUGGCAGUGAAUUACAAAUGUUUACUACAGAGCAUGCCUAAGAAAAUCCUGGACCUGCAGGAACUGUUUUUAAACUUGGUGAAUGAGUCUUCUUUUCAUAAACCCCUAGUCCUUGUAUUAGACAGCCUGGAGCAACUUUCAGACACUGACGAUGCUAGAAAACUAUGGUGGCUGCCUAUUCAUCUUCCACGCACAGUUCGUAUUAUUCUUUCAACACUGCCAAACAAGCAUGGAAUCCUCCAAAAAUUAAGGUGCCUUAUACACAAUGAGGAUAAUUACAUAGAACUUAUUCCACGAGACAGAAAAAUGUGCAGCCAAAUACUAAAACACCAACUAUUGAGAGUCAAACGGAAAAUAACAUCGGGUCAACAAAUUUAUGUCAAUGAAGCAUUUUCCAGGUGUACCUUGCCAAUGUUUGUGAACCUAACAUUCAGAGAGGUCAGAAACUGGAGAUCUCAUAAAGAUGUUGAUGAAUCAACUCUUUCCAUGACUGUCCACGAGAACAUAGAGCAGUUGUUCUUCUCUCUAGAAAACAAGUGUGGGCCACGGUUGGUCUCAAGAGCCUUUGGUUACAUUACAAUGGCCAAAACAGGACUAAGCGAGGUGGAACUAGAAGACAUCCUAGCUCUCGAUAAUAGUGUCAUGAAUGAGUUAUUAGCAAAUGGGAAACCACUGAAUCCGUUAAGGAUACCGUAUACGUUUAUUGCACAAAUUAAAGAGGAUCUUGCCGGAUAUUUAGUGGAUAGGCAUGUAAGGAAUGUUAACCUUUUAGUUUGGUCUAACAGACAUCUUCAACUCAUUGCUCAAAAAUUGUAUCUCAACAAUGAUGAUGACUUACAAGAAAUGCAUGUUAACAUGGCAGAAUACUUCUUGGGAGUGUGGUCAGGAGGAAGGAAAAAACCCUUUUACAGUGAGCAUCAAUAUUUUGAAAAUUGCAUUCAGAAUGAACACAGAGGCAUCAGUGAUGUGGAAAAACAUUAUAACGAUGAAACAGAAUUUGACAGGCAAGCUCCGGAGCAGCCAUGGGCAUUUCAAUGCAAUCCUCUACAACCUGAUAUAUUUUUUGUUAAUCACAGAAAAAUGACAGAGUUGUUGCACCAUUUGACAAGAUGUGGAAUGACAGAUGAAACGAUGUCUGGGAUUACAAUGAACUUUAGUUGGCUCUACACGAUGAUUAAAAUUGGACAGUUUGAUAGGGCGCUAGGUGACAUUGAAGUGGCAUAUAAUUACUCGCAAGAAAAAGAACUAAAGUUUCUGGCAACUACCCUUCAAAGCAUAAAAAACAAAAUUCUGAAAAAUCCAGGGUCUCUUUCUGCUGAACUACAACAAAUACUUCUUCCAGUUGUGAGUUCUUUGCCUAAAUUCCGAAACCUCCUUAUAGAAUGUGACAAAGAUGGACCUAAAUACUGUUCUAUUGUCCCGCUGCAUUCUUCCAUGGAUGUGACUUACACCCCUGAAAGACUUUCUCUGUCAUCUAGCUCAUUACAUGUCACAGACGUCCUUCCUACAUACAGCCCAAAUAUGAUCAUUGCUGCACUCGAGAAUGGCACCAUCAGUACAUGGGAUGUUGAGUCAAGACAACUUCUAAGACAGAUCACAACUACCCAGUUUGUAAUAAUGGGGAUGAAGCUUACAGCAGAUGAAAAAUACCUUGUUGUGUCCACAGCCAAGAAUACCCUAUUGAUUUAUGAUAACCUCAACUCUUGCCUUUUAUCUGAAGUGGAGGUUAAAGGUUCCAAAGGUGUCGGAGGUGGACCUAAUCUAAUUAAUGGUUUUACACUGUCACAUACACAUGCAUUGGCAUGGUUGGAAGCAAGCAAAAAUGUUAAUGUUAUCGAUUUACUAUAUGGGUGGCCACUUUAUAAUUUCAACUGUUGGUAUGAAGUAACAUGCAUCCAAUGUUCUUCAGAUGGACUAUAUGCAUUUUGUGGACAAUACCUCAAUACCACCACUAUAUUUCACCUAGGCACUGGUGAGAAGAUAUCAACUGUAACAUCUGAAUUUUCUGGGGGUUUCGUGAAAUAUAUUGUUGUUCUUGAUACCAGUCAAGAAGUGGUCAUGAUUGACAAUGAAGGGAGCCUCUCUGUUUGGAACAUAGAGGAAAUAACCAACCCCCAGCUAACUGAAGAGUUUGAUUGUACCAAAGGUGACAGUGAAGUCAUCAGCACUGAACUGUCUGAAGACCAAAGUGCAAUUCUCAUCUGUAAAGCAUUGAGCAUUGAACUUCUUGAUACACGUAUGUGGAAGGUUUCCGAAAAGUUUAGGGCGAAACAUAAUGAACGAUUUAUAUCAGCUGUUCUUUCCAGGAAUUGUGACUGUAUAAUUGCUUCCAUGGAAAAUACCUCAUCUAUUUUUGUGUGGAGAAGAGAUACCGGUCAGUGCAUGGCAAGUUUACAAGAAAUCUCAGGGAACAUAGUGAAAUUGGUCAAAUCCAGCCAUCAUAACUUACUCCUGUCAUUAUCCAUCAGUGGUGUGCUUUCUAUUUGGGACAUUGACAUCUUAACAGCAAUGUCUAACAUUGACAAGACUGGAAGAGCUGUCCAAACGGUAUUGCUGUCGGGGAGAGGAGAUUACAUUUACUCCCUUGAUGGAUCUGAAUAUGUUCAAAAGUGGAACUUCAACACAGGUUUUAUUGAAUCUGCCUUCAAGCAUGAAGGUAUUGUGGAAUAUUGUGUACUCACGACCACAGGAGAACUGAUGGUCACCUCAGAUGACAAAUGUAACCAGUAUGUUUGGCAUACGGUCACAGGUGAAAAUCUCCUUCGGAUUAGUGGUCAAAGAAUAUCUCAGUUGCUGAUUACACAUAAUGAUCAGUUUAUAGUGUCUUUGUGUGAGCAAAAUGCAUCCAGAGUGUGGAGGCUUGCAACGGGCCAUAAAGUAUGUAACAUCUUAGCUGCCUUAAAGAAUGCACUUAUAACUACUGCAAACACAUUUGUCAUCGGCAUGACCAAGAACAAACUUUUAGCUGUAAGUCUAUGGACGGGAAGCAUAACAAAAAAAUACUGUUGCGAAGACGGUUCAACAAUUGUCAACUUCAGAUUGAUUCCAGACUGUCCAGAGUUUGUUGUUUUCAUGACAUCCACUGAAACUGUGAGUAUUUGGAGCCUUGCUGAAGAAGCUAUUUGUAGGAGGGUCCAGCUCCCAUGUAACUUUUUGAAAAACCUUAAUGAUUUUGAAAUCUCUCCCAAUGGGAAGCUUGGGAUUAUAACUCAUGGAGAUGAAAAGUUCAAUGUUCUAGAUCUGCACAGCGGAAAGCUUCGAGUGGUUCAUGCUGUAGGCAUUAUUUGGAAGCAGAGUUUGUCUUGCGAUGGACGUUAUCUGGUCUACAUCUGCUUCCGCAACGGAGAAGAUGAUGAAGAUAAUUCCGUCUCAAGUUUAAUUGUCAUGAGACUUGCAGACGGGAAAAGUAUUGGUGCUUGUUCAUUAUAUAAGACUCCCAGUUUUCUUGCACUCUCACAAAGGCACCUCAAUAUUGUAGUAGGAUUUGAUGAUGGGAGCAUUGGCACUUACACUGUAGUGGACCGAGUUGAUGCCACACUGAAAAUAAAAAUCGCCACUUCCAACAGCCGCCAUAUUUUCAAUAACAAGACACAUAUUUUCAGGCCCAAGUGCAAUAAUUACAUAUAUAAAAUGGCACCUGACUGUUUGUGGAGGGAAUCCACUGAAGUGUUUGCCAGAGACAGCCCCAUCACAGUUUCCGAUUCUGGUGAAGGAACAGAGACAACACCAACCAAAAAGCAGAACUUUUGCUACGAGAAAAUGUGUUCUGCCAUUGACUGCAGGGGGCAGAGCUUUUCCGCCAACAACUGAGACCCUCCUCCCCCAAAGAAAAAAUAGUUUAAAAAAAAUGUUUACACAUCAUUGUUAUCUUAAAACAGUGUUCCUUGUUGGAUAAAAAUCUUUUACUGUUACAUGUUAUUACGAGUGUUAGCAAAACUGUUGAAAACAUAUUAGCAUAUAUACAGAAAAGCUCUGUUAUCUAGAACAUGCUGUAUAAUACAGUACCAAGUCUAAAUUCAAAAUAGUAAUCGACGUGUCAAGUUUUAGACGUAAAGGUAUGAAAUAUACACAUUUUGUCAUUGAUUGUCCAUGUACAGUGGAAGCUGCCAUGAGAAAGUACAUGAAAGUAAAUCUGCAAGUAACCAUUCCCUUGCAGAUGAAACAAUCUGGUUAGUUAUGAAUUAAUUUAACAUCUGUAAAAUAAGGAUGUUUUUAUAAUUACAGUUUACCUUUGUCAGCUGUACCAUAGCGUAUUGUGAUGUCACGCCUCUCUUCCCGCACUGAAGUGCCGGCUGUGUCUACAGUGGGGGGGAGGGGAACCGGCGGGCAACAGGACAGACAGCAGGACCCUGCACCCCCUCCCAGGCUACUCCAAUAAGCCCGGGCCCAAGUAAAAUGUACCCCCCUCUGCGCCACUGAGUACAGUAUAGUACAGUACAUAAGUUUUUUAUGUAAAAACAUGCUGGAAAACAGAGCUUGAUUAUUUAUAUAUAUAUAUAUAUAUAUAUAUAUAUAAUUAUUAUACCCUAAGAACAAAAUGGAGGGCUAUAUUUUAAACUGAUUAGCAAUAUUUUAGUAGAUACCAUUUUAAAUGUUUUCAGUAACUUUUGAUGUUGUAAGAAAAUGUUACUACUAAUGGAUGUACUCCAGGUUAAUGACAUUAUCACUGGUAAAAGGCAAUAUGUGUGUAGCAUUAUCCUUGGUAAAUUAAGUCAAGCUGUUAUCAAACUGUCUUGCUCUACUAUAGUAAAGGAGAAAGACAUCGAGUAGACAGGUUUAAGCAGCAGCAAAUGUCAGCAAACCUAAUUCAUACUACACAGUAAAAUAUAAAUGUUUACAAAUACAGAGUAUAAAGUAAUAAUAUGAACAGCUUCUCCAAGAGAAAACAUUUUGGAGCACGCCUACAGUAUACCGUGUGACAGUGUUGCAUGACAUGACUGAGCCUAUGUUUAAAUUAAAAACUAUUUUUGUAAAUUAUUUAUUUUUUAUUUUUUGAAUGCUUUCUUAAUAACAUGUAAUGAUGAGGUUAGCAAAUAGAAAUUGACCACACAGCAGAGUCUUUCCAGCCAGUGUUCCACAGAUUCAGCUCUUAAAUGUAACUCAAAGAAGAAUUUAUUGUAUUAAUUUACCAUAAAAUCUAUACAAAGAAAAUAGGAGAUGGUACAAACAUGUAAAGAAGGGGUACUUGGGGAAAGAAGCAUAGACUUAACAAGGUACUUUAUAAAUAGAUAUUAAAUUAAGGGGCUACCAUGUAAAUAUUUAAAAAACAUGUACUUAAAUGAUUGUUCUCACUCUCUCUUUACAAUUCAUCGCAAAAGAUUGUAUGCCUGUAUUGUGCCAUCUAACCAAUCAGCUUCUAACUGUCAUUUAACAGGGGGCGCGGGGUUGUUUGUGAUUUUCUUUACAUUAUUAACAACAACAAAAAUUUCAACCUAUCCAACUAUUUUCCUUUUUUUAGUACAAUUUUUUUUUUCUAUUUUCGGACGAAAUUACAUAGGAUGUGUUUUUACGAGAAAACUGGGUUGAUAGGGCCUCCGGCAGCGAAAACAAAAUCCCUGAUAACUGCCGGCAUCUGGGACAAGUGACUAUCCCCAGGGUAGUGUGUG